AUGGCUUCUUCACUCGCCCUCCGAUUCCGAUCCCAUCUCCUUCGCACCGCCCCACUCCUUCCCUCUGCCGUCCGCCGCCCUCCACUCCAGCCCUCGCCGCCCCUCCUCUCUGCCCACCGCCUCCUUUCCACAGCGCGUCGCAUGCCGCCGCGUUCUCGGAAGUCAGUGGACAUCGGCGCACGUGCCCGGCAGCUCCAGACGCGGCGCCUCUGGGCCUACGCUCUGACUUUCGGCGGCCUCGCCGGGUUCGUCGUGAUCGUUCUCAACAACUUCCAAGACCAAUUGGUGUUCUACGUCACUCCCACCGACGCGCUUGAAAAGUACGCGACCAAUCCCACCAAGGCGAGGUUCCGGUUGGGAGGUUUGGUCCUGGAAGGCAGCGUCGUGUAUCCGGCAUCAACGACGGAGGUGGAGUUCGUCGUCACCGAUCUGAUAACCGACAUUGUGGUCCGGUACGAGGGAUCCUUGCCGGAUUUGUUCAGGGAAGGACAUUCUGUGGUGGUGGAAGGGAUCGUGAAACCUUUCACGGAGGAGAUCAAGAAGGAGGUGUCGACAAAUAACGUGUCCGAGAAGGCGAGGAGAAUAGAGUGUUACUUUGCUGCCGCGGAGGUACUCGCUAAGCACGAUGAGAAGUAUAUGCCGAAAGAAGUUGCCGCUGCUAUUGAGAAGAAUAAGAAGAUAAUUGAGGAAGCUGCCGCUGCCAGCGUAACGGCGGAGGCACCCAAGAACACCUAG